GCUCGCAGGUCCCUGCCCGCAGCUCUGCCGCCGCUGCCAGCCUGCUCCCGGGUCCGGCCCCCUCGUCCGCCUCGCCUGUGGGAUUAACUCGCCUAUGGAGACAUGGUCCUAGCUGAAUUAUUUAAAGACACUUAAGCACAGAAUUCCCUCAGCAGCCAGACCGGUUUCUCAAUGGAGCCCCGGAUCCCUCACAACAUCACCGUUGUCCCCAACUCUGUGAUGGUGCAGCCCUUGCUGGACAGCCGGAUCCCCUACGGGCGGCUGCAGCACCCUCUGACCAUCCUGCCCAUCGACCAGAUGAAGAGCACCCACCUGGAGAACGACUACACCGACAACCCCGGUGCUGCCCAGCCGCCCGCCCAGAAGCGGCCCCGAGCCCCCCACGAGCCGGGCUCGGCCGGCCAGCCCCCGCAGCGCUGCGAGCAGGACGUCACCCACCCCUGGAUCUCCUUCAGCGGGCGCCCCAGCUCCAUCAGCAGCAGCAGCAGCACGUCCUCGGACCAAAGGCUGCUGGACCACAUGGCCCCGGUGCCCGUGGCGGAGCAGUCGUCCCCCCGCGCCGUCCGCAUCCAGCCCAAGGCCAUCAACUGCAAGCCCCUGGACCUGAAGGGCCCCGCGUCCCAGGAGCUGGACAAGCACUUCCUGCUGUGCGAGGCCUGUGGGAAGUGCAAGUGCAAGGAGUGCGCCCUGCCCCGGACUCUGCCCUCGUGCUGGGUGUGCAACCAGGAGUGCCUGUGCUCGGCGCAGAACCUGGUCAACUACUCCACCUGCAUGUGCCUGGUCAAGGGCGUCUUCUACCACUGCACCAACGAGGACGACGAGGGCACGUGCGCCGACCAGCCCUGCUCCUGCUCCCAGUCCAACUGCUGCGCCCGCUGGUCCUUCAUGAGCGCCCUGUCCCUGGUGCUGCCCUGCCUGCUCUGCUACCUGCCCGCCACCGGCUGCGUCAAGCUGUCCCAGCGCUGCUACGACCGAGUGAGCCGGCCCGGGUGCAGGUGCAAAAACACAAACAGUGUCAUUUGCAAGGCAUUGCCCGAGAGCAAAGGGGCAGAAAAGCCCUUUUAAUGGUGGAGCUGGGAGGAUGCUCCACGGAGCAGGGU